GAAAGUCAUAUAUAGAUUAAUCAAAUUUAACGAAAUAAUGUUGGAUUUAGAAUCAACCAUUUUUAAUAGAACGUAGCUCGUCGUUAAUUAAUCUAAAAAUUGAACUCUCUGCUUGAUUGAAUCUCGGAUAUAAACUUGAUAUAUUCGAAUUUUCAAAAAGGUUACUUUAGGUCAAUCCCGGUGGAGUGGAAUCUUUAUCGAGAAAGUCUAGAUUUAGGGUGGCAUUGUCAAGAGGUUAUGACCUGUACGUGCUAUUUCGGCUGAUAUCUAUUCCAGAUAGACGACAUUCCAAUAAUGGACGUGUUCCGGUUCAUUGGCAUCUGAAUAAUCUAGAUCCCAAUGCUAGCUAAUUUGAUUGUAUUUAAGAGUAAAUCUCGUGAUCAGGUUAAUCCAAUUCAAAUGACAAUUCAAUUUCAAAUGACAAUUAUUUAUUUAUUUAUUUAUUUAUUUAUUUAUUUAUUUCUAUAUUUCUUUUCUUUUUUGAUUUAUUUGACGCAAGUAAAUGAAUGAUUGGUUCAGAUGAGAUUAAAUAGAAAAAGAAAAGAGAGAAAAGAAAAAUAGAAUCUCAAAAGAUUUCUUUCAAGAUUUACGAUGAUCGUUUCCGAGUGAACUAACACUGUGGUCCAAUUUAGUUGCACCAAAGAAUGAGAAUCUGAAAAUAGUUUUUUUCCCUGGGAAUAUAUUGAGCAAUCCUACCAUAAUGAAUUUUUAUGGUUCUACGUCAUUAAAAUGGCUUCAAGAAAUGUGUCCCACAUUUGAAAUAGGAAACGUGCACACGUACACAUUGGGUAACACUCAACAGUUGAACUGUAGAAUUUUAUAUGAGAACACGUGUUGAGUUUAUUACGCAUACCAUUAGAACAUGGUGUAUCUCGUUUGAAAAGAUUUAUAGACUGGUGGUGUGUGUAUGGUUUCUUCUCUGGGAGAUUUCACACAAAAAGAAAAAAAGAAAAAAUAGAGAAAGAGGAAAGUAGAAAAGGAAGGAAGGAAGGAAGGAAGGAAGGAAGUAAAGAAGGAAAGAAAAAUUGUAGAUUAAAACUGUCGAGUGAUGAAUUAGUUGUUAUUUUUCAGGUGGUACAUGCAGAAAGUCAUUCUUUUUACGUUGACGUUUGGAUAAACAUAAACUUAGCGUCACCUUUGAUGUUACUUUUUGUAAAAAAAGAUGAAGAGUUAAAAGCAGCAACACAUCAGUAGAAUAUUGGAGAGGACUCCUCUAUCCUUCUCUAUCUCUCUCUUUUUAUUCUAAGUUAAUGAAACAUCACUGCAGAUGUCUACUUCUCCUCUGUCCGCUAAAUAUGCAAUGUCAAGAUCAAAAGUAUAUCUUUUGUCAGAGUGAUCGAAGUUAUAUGCAGGAAAUUGAAUCAAGAUUCUUAAGAUUAGUAGUUACACCUCGCUGAUAUAAUUUUAUUCUUCAUAGAUCUACUUGAUUAAUUAAUAUCGCAAUAUUUGUGCAGGAUAAUUUUGUGUCAAAAAAAUGUUCGAUGAAGGAGAGAUUUAUAUAUAUGUAUGUAUGUAUGUAGAAUAUGAAAAACUCAAGAUAGAGAAGAGUUUAUUCGAUAUCAGUCCAAGAUGAAUCUUCUCAAAGUAUUCGUUUGACAAUGAUAGAGUAUACUCUCUUAGAUAUGGUCCAGUCCGCUUAAAACAUGCCAUGUUAUUUGGCAAGUGAUGACAACUUCUUUGCCACCACCUUCGAGCAUCUUUAAACAUUCUAUUAGGUCUCCCUAACGGAGUAACACGUUGAUUAUGAACUACUCUGUUUGAUUAUCUCGACUGUAAGGUAUCUGAUCUUUCUGGUGAAAUAAUUAUGAUCAGUAUGAUCCAUAAUUGUCCUUGAUCUUUACCAAUUUGAUACGGGUAAAGUAUUUAAAAUUUUCUCUGAUCAAUUGUUGAAAAACAAUUGGACAAAGUCUUCUGAUAUGUGUCGAAUCAUCGACAGAAGGCGCCAUCAUGUGUAUUUUUGCCAAAGGAUGACAACUACAGACGGCAUCAUCUCCGGUUAGUCUGCCGUGUCCGUCCCAGGUUUUUCUAGACUACUCUAGCCACUCAAGAAGCCUCUUCCUCGGUCUGCUUCAUCAGCCGUCGUCUUUGCAUCUCCCUUCCUCUUUUUCGGCUAGCUUGUUCUCUAUCUUUCUCUUUCUCUCUCUUUCUCUCUGUUCUUCUCUGUUCUUCUCUUACUCACUUCAUCGUCUCUCUCUCUUUCUUUCGUCUUAUUGCGUGAGUGAAAGAAAGAGAGAGAAAGAGAGAGAGAGAGAGAGAAGUUGGUGGAGGAGGAAGAGUGAAGAGGGCCAGAUACGUUUUUAGACACGGAGCGUCCACGAGCGUCGCGACGCCCUGAGGAGCAGUAGUCGCGUACCUUGGGCAGCUUCCACCUUGCCGGCUCGCGAUUCUCUUAAACGUCGUUUCUUGAAAAUUUCUUCUUUAAAUUCCUUAGCAAAGCUAAAGAAAUUUGGUUGAAGCUAAAGGAAUUGGUUAAUCUUAUAGGAUUGAUCAAAGAACACGAAGGAUUAUAUAGAUCUUCCGUGAUGUACAGUGAUUCCAGGUCAAAAUACCCGCGAUUCUUGACGAUAAAAGUUAAAUUUGGGUCGAGCCUCGUUAAAGAGAGCGAAGAAAUAUAUUCGAGAGAUAUUUGAUCCAAAUAGCGAAGGAAUUUUCAGAGGCGACUAGUUAUAUUGCGUUGUUGUUGCAUUGAUCUAAGUGGUUUUAAUCGAAGGUUUGAAGUGGAUCGAGUGAAGUGUCAAAAAGAGUUCUCUUGUUUUUUUCCUUGAUCGAAUGUGUCUUCUUCUUCUUCUUCUUCUUCGUUUAACAGUUGGUUAAAAGUAAAAGGAUUACGUUUCUUCGAGUGUUGUGCCUUGUAAUGAUUUAGUGUUAACGACUUGUGCCCGACGACUGGCAACUGGUCGUCUAUAGAGGUCUAAUCACGUUGAUAAACCGCGAAGAGAAGAUAUAUUUGCGAAAGUGGUUCGUGUGGCGAAGAAGGAGAAAGACGCGACGAUGGCUGAGCGUCCUGGCGGUAGGAGACGCUCGCGUCGCGACAGCAUGGAGGCCGGAAGUUCUUUGCGUGGUACACCACCGGCCUCCAAGGAUCGUAGGACUAAACGUGCUAGUAAACCGUCUAAAGAGAGAUGGUUGUUGACUAGGAAAACUUGGAGAUAUAUGGCUGAUGCUGGAAGACGUUUGAUACCCGAUGGUGCUCACAAUCGUUCCGAGGAUAUACCCAAGAUCGAACAAUAUUUUCAAGAAGUUUGUCAAAAGGAACCAAAGUUCCUACUUUGGAGGAAAGCUUCUUAUCCUGGUACUUUAGGUUUCCGUUCUCAGAGACGACGUAGACACGUUAAAGGUGGUAGUUGUAGAGCUAAAGCUAGCUCAGCUGACGAAGCUGACGAGAUUAGGAAUCCUCCUCAAGGAUUCGUCCUUCAAACUACAACUUCUGGCAAGUUUGAUCUGGCCAAAGCGAAGAGAGACUUUUUUUUGGCAUCCGACAGUGGUGGUAGCGCACCUUCCAGUCCUGUUAGUCGUAGAAGGACAGCUAAGGAAGAUGCCGAGGUUAAAGUUUUAGCUGAUAUGUUGCAAAAGUACCUGAACAUGCAAGGUGAUAUCGGUGAUACGGCGAAAUCUUUGGAUAGAAAUAGUGUGGUCAGUCAUAUCGAGGGUAAAGAACACUUUGAUUAUCAAAGUCUAAUUGAUAAGUUACAACAGCAUUUGGAUCUCAUCGUAGCUCAGGCAAAGAGAGAGCAAGUAGUUCCUAAUAAUGAAACGAAAUCAAUUAACAGAGACAAUGUUUCUAAAUCAUCUGUAACACCUUAUCAAGGUGAUUACAUUCAUAAAUCUUUGAUGGAGACUCUUAGUCGUUACUACAGCAAGUCUCCGACUAGAGAACACGUAAUAUCAGACAUCUUGACCGAUCGUAAGCUCUUGGAAAAGCUUUACUUUGAUCUUAGAUGUACCAGAGGCUUCAGAGGACCAAGAGCAACCGGUGCUUACACAUCACCUUCCAAUAGAUGGUGGGCUCAUCAGAGAACCAGGACCACGGGCAAAGAGAAUGAAGAUUGGUACUCGGAAAGACGCGAUCCUAUAUCUCCACCUCCUCUGAUAGCUGUUCAAGAACCUAGCACUGAUCGCGGACCACUGGACGAUGGUGUACAAACUGAUCCAGUACCCCGUGAGGUUUUAGACGCUAUACUUCUUGAGAGAGAGAAAGACGACAGUAGUAAAAGUGAAACGAGUGUACCUAAACCCAGUGGUCGUAGACGUAGUAGCGUCGAUAAUGACGAUGUGUCGCCAUCGGUUAGCGACACCAUCAAGAGGUAUCUCAGAAUGGCUAGAAAAAAAUCUAUGGAUGCUGAUAAGGUCGAUAGAUUCAAACGUGUUAAUUACGAUAGAAAUCUUCGUAAUAUCAAACCAAAGGGAGAGAUUACUAAGCCUGGCGACGACGAUGGCAAUAACAAAGGUUGUCAGACCGAUGACAAUUGGGCUAUUAAUUAUCGUGAAAUGUCCUCCAUGGAAAAUCCAUUUGAAAAUCUUUCGGACGCUGAUACAACCUCGCCAGCAAGUAGAAACGCAAGUUCACGUAGCAGCAUCGAUGCUGGUCUCGGUUUGGAAGAACCCCUAACUCCCAAACAUCAUCAUCAAUCCUUUCUCUCCCAUCUCCUUCAUGGCUCCAAUGCUCACAAGGACAAACCACAUUCGGCACCUGGUUCACCGGCACUCACAUCUUCUUCGAAAAAUUCUUCAGGUGGCACAGCGAUGCAGAAGAGCAAGUCUUCCAGCAGCGUGGUACAUCACGGUAGCAGGCUGGUUGCGAAGAAAAUCUGGAGGUCCAGGAGUAAAAGUACCUCGAGGGCCUCGAACUUACCGUCCAUCUGGACGCCUCAGGGAAAAUGCACGUGGGCUGGCACAGGUGGACGACGAGUGACUCUCCAGGAUACUUCUUUGCGUUCUCUCUCAGAAAUAGAAAGAAAAGUUUUAUGCAAAGUUGCCGUAGCGAAGCUUCAAGCUCUCAAUUUAGGUGUUCACAUCAGGCCACCGAGUGAAUCUCUCGGAAGUGGUGCGGUUGCAACGAAACCAAAAAGGAGAGCAUAUUUGCUCAAGAGGAAGGCGCUCACAACAGGGUUCUUUGAGAGUAAGGGAAAGGAGGAAAAAGACAAAGAGUCACCAGGUGGUCUUGUUUUUGGUAUACCACUUUCUCAAUGUCUUGAGAACGAUAGGAUCGCUAGAAUCGCUGCUGGUGAAGUUGCCGAUGUUGGUAGUUUGACCAGAAGUAGUAGACACGGAAGUAGAACGAGUUUUAGCAGUCUGAUAGAAGCACCUACGGUUGCAGCAAAAACCGAAGAUGGUGGUUCAUGCGAAUCAUUAUCGUCGAAAGGUGGGGGUGCAUUGACCGGAAGUGAUUCUGGUGUUCUUGAAUUGAGUGACAGUGGUGGGGGAGGGACAACAGGUGAAUGGGAUGCUGUACCAGGAAUAGUUAGACAAUGUAUUAGACAUCUCGAAGCUACUGGUCUGCAUACGUUAGGUAUCUUUCGAGUUUCACCUUCGAAGAAAAGAGUUAGACAGUUGAGAGAAGACUUCGAUUGUGGUCGUGAGACGAAAAUCGGUCCUGAUCAAUGUCCUCACGAUGUGGCAGCCUUGCUAAAGGAAUUUUUUCGGGACCUGCCUGAUCCUCUGCUCUGUAGGGAUCUCUAUCAAGCCUUCGUGCAUACCCAAAAGAUCAGGAACAGGCGAUUGCAACAAGAAGCCCUUCAACAUCUCAUUCAAUUACUGCCAACACCUAAUCGUGAAACACUUUGGGCAUUACUCAAUUUUCUUAGUGUCGUUGCAUCGAAUAGCGAGGAUCGAAAGAGUGAAACUGGUGAAUGGAUACCAGGAAACAAAAUGAACACUACCAAUCUGGCUACUGUUUUUGCACCGAAUAUACUUCACUGUGUGAAACCUAACCAGACUAGACCAGAAGUUUCUGCAGAGAGAGCAGAAGAGAGGAUAGACGUGAUAAACGUGGUACGAGCUCUCCUCGAACAUGCUUCGACGUUGUUCACAGUGCCAGCAGCAUUGUUAGAUGAAUUGUACCUGCACAUGAUGGAUACUCAUCCAGGCGAAUUAGAUUUAGCUAUCUCACGACGUGCCGAGGAACAAUGCGGAGACGAGGUUGAUCCAUGCAGCGAGGCAGAAAAUUUUUCGAUCGAGGAAACAUUAACAACCUCUGGGAAUACACCAACGGCCGCUACAGCAGCAACAAGAAAAGUUUGGACGAGGGAAGAAUGUUUACAUCAAACAGCUGGCGUUGGUGGUGAUAUUGGUCCAAGGCCGCGUCGUCCAAAGAGGCCAGGAACACGUAGAAAAGAUGAGGGACGAAGUAACAGCGUCGACAGUGGAUCAAGCGAGGAUCCAACCGAUCCUCGUAGAAAAUCAUCUCCGAUGGUUAUAACAGCCAGUUUAACUAUACCAAUGUCUGGAGCGUUCACGUUGAACCUUGAUGAUCCAGACAUUCCUUACAUCGAAGAGACACCGAAACAACCUAGCGCACCACCAAGAAGACAAAGACAACGUUCUAUAUCUGGUUGUAGCGAAGGUGGUAGACACGGUAGCGAUAGCGCUGUUGGUUCGUCAGCAACGUUAUCAGGCGAUCAAGUACCAAGUUCACCACCUUCUUGGGCUUCCACACCACCAGCUAGCCCUGACAGUGCUGUCACAGCUGUCUCAUAUAUUCCAGAUCAACAAGCUGUCCUACAAAGGGUCUCGUUUACCACUUCGAGCGAAGUUAGACAGGUUUCCAGGGGUAGUAAUCAAGAUGCUAGCAGGAGUAGCGCUAUUCCUUAUACACCUAGUAUAACGAGUAUAGGUGGGGCUGUUUUGAGGUCUAAAACAGCUGAUAUAGAAAGGAUGUUACACAUCGGUAAUAGAUCGGAUCCAAUUUCGGCCAAUCUUCAACACAGUAAAACGACAACAGCGACAACUACGAUGUCAUCAACAACCUCGUCGGAGAAUAAGAAAUAUACGAAGAGACGUUACACCGACUCGAGGCAUCAGACUCGUCAUAUACCGGAUUUGGACACGCUCGGUGGGAAGGCAACGACGAUGACGGUGACGUCAUCUAUGACGAUCUCAUCUACGACGUCAUCGAGUUCGGUCAUGGCCACGCAAAAUCAACGUGCCUCGACAGGUGGUGUACAACCUGUUUGGAAACGACGAGAAUUGAUCUCGAGUGCACCGAAGGGACGUGAAAGUUACUUCUGAAAUUAUCAUCGUCGUCGUUGUCAUCGUUUAUCAUCAUUUUCUAAUCCUAAUAGCAAUCCUAAUCUCUAUCUUUUUCUCUUCCUUCUCUCUCUCUCUCUCACUCACUUUUUCUCUGUCUAUCUCUCUAUCUCUAUCUCUAUUUCUAUCUUUCUUACUCUCGCACACGUUGCCGUCGUGCGAUCGUUUUUAAUACGGAACAAUAUAGUAAUAAUAAUCGGACAAAAUAUUUCUCUAAGGAUUUUCUUUCGAUGAAAGUAGUCUUUCGAUUUUAGGAUGAUUUAUACGAUGGAUGAUAGCAGAGUCGAGGAGGGGAGAAGGUGUGGGAAAAAUGAGGUGAAGGAGGAGAAUGUUAAUUAGGUUUAUAUCGUCUCUUACUCGUCGAUUAAGUAGAUACUUACACGCUAAGACUCUGUUUUACUGCCUAUCAGGUCUGGCCUGGCUAAGUGUUCCUCGAAUCCCGUGAUGGUAUAUCAUGAAUUUUGUGUCCAAUUGUUUUCUAGAUAUUUUUCUUUCUUUUUCUUUCUCUCUCUCUCUCUCUCGCUCUCUCUCUCUCUCCUUUCGUCUUUUUUCUUCGUUGCUUUCGUUUUUAUUUUUAUUCUUAUUUUAUUUUACUUUGUUUUUUUUUUCUUUUCUUUCUUUUCUUUUUUAAUUUUUUUUUUAUUUAUUUAUUACACUUUUUUUUCCUUUUUUUUUUCUCUCAUUAAUCAAAUAUGGAGUAUAGCGGUGUAUAAUGUGAUGCGAGAUGUCAGCUGGUUUUCUAAACGAGAUCUUUGUGACUACGUUGAUUAUAUGUUCUCUAUUUGGAGAGGGAGAUCCAGAGAUCUUUCUUUCUUCGUUCUCGAUUUUAAUUAAUUAUUUAAAAAGGAUAUAAUUGUUUUCUUUUUAUUUAUUUAUUUAUUUAUUAUUGUUAUUAUUAUUAUUAUUAUUGUUAUUAUUAUUUUAUUUUUUUUUUUUUUAAUCGAUCAUAAUACAGCAUAUAAUGAUCGUUAUAUUCUUUUAUUUUAUUUUAUUUUUUUUAAUUUUAUUUUAUUUCCUUUUUUCUUUAUCUUUUUCUUUCUUUUUUUUUUUAAUUUUUAUCUACUCAUUAAGGCGCAUUAUAGAUUCGAUUUAGAUAAUCAUCAUGGAAUUUUUCGAAAGAGCUAAUAAUAAUAAUGAAAAAAAUAAAAAAUGUCUCCGUUUAAGCGUGGCCGAGACAUGAAAAAAAAUCGAGGGAUCCUAAACGUUGAUCUAAUCGUUAUAUUAUUCAAUUGACGAUAUCGACGUCUAGUAGUUUAUCUUUAUUUUUCUUUUUUUUUCUUCUUUUCUUCCUUUUCUUUUUUUUCAAUCUGUAAGCUAAUAAAUGAAGGUUAAUUUUUCUACCACAUCGUCUAUAAAUUAAUAAUAAUGUCCAUGAAAAUAUUAAUCCUGCCCGAUUAAUAUAAAGAAAAUGUGUUUAGAGAUUAGAGACAAUAUCGAAAUUAUAUUUUCUAAAGAUAAUUAAAUUAUUUUGUA